AACCUUGUGGGUUCGUUUCGAAUUCUCACAUUAGGGUUAACGCUCAGUCGCACCUUUGCAAGACUGGCUUGCUGGCAGCUCAGUCGCCUUUUUCCUGUCACGUGAUCCAUUUUGGCAAGUGUUCGGUGACAUUUUUUUUUACCGCAAACGAAGCCUUGCUGGUGCAUUCGGGCGGUGCCAUCACAAACAAAAACUGUGACAGUCCAGCUUGGUACGGUGGAAAGUGACGAGCCACAACUGUGAGAUAUAUACAUAGAUCUAGGGUCGGUGUUCUGUAGCUAGCUAGCUAGCAGUGGGUUGGCAGCAGAAAGAGCUGCAAACGUGCAAGGAGCAAGGAGAGAGUGGGUAGCCAUCGAGACCUGGGGUAUAUUUACGUUGCGGUGCAGUCUUCUGGUUUGGUAGAUCCUCAACAGUUAGGACUCGACUCAUUAUCAUUAUCAUUGAAAGAAGAUCGAAAAAGCGAAUAACCAUGUCAACGACAAGUUCUAUUGAAGAUGUGACCAUGGACGAAGUUGCUCGGAUAAUGCGAGAGGAAGAUGCGCAAUUCUUGGAGUCGAUUCACUUGGACCGUCACAACCACCUCCAUGGGGAAGACACGGACGAGGACGACGACGAUGACGGUGUCAUCUUGGUGGGAGAAGAUGGAGAGAAGCUCGUCAUGACGGAAGAAAUGGAUUUAUCAUCUGCUAGUAGUAGCAAGAAGAAGGGGAGAUUAUUUCGAUCGUAUUCGUCGGGUUAUCACAGCGAUGGCACGGGAGGUGGAGUUGUCGUGGCGUCGUCACUGCCAGAAGAGAAUGAACCGGACGUCAUUUACCGACAAUGUCUUUCUGGGGAGAUCAAAUCGUAUCGAUCGGCGUCUCCACACCAUCAUAAUGGCGGAAAGCUACCUAUAGCCGAAACAGACGAGACCACCACCACCACCACCAUUGAAGUCACGGAUUGCGAAGAGACGACACCCUCACGACCCACGUGUGUGGCCACCAAUGCCGAACAGUUGGUCAUGGCGGCCAAUUCUCCAUCCGUCAAACGAUCCAUUAGCAGCAAUCGAAGGAUUAAUGAAGCCGUACAAUUUGCUGAAGCUGUGGGGGAAAUGCCACCUCUGGUAGAUAGCAAUGAACUUUGUAUCAUUGAAGAAGAUAAUGAUGAUGACGAUACCGAUGAAGAUGAGGACGGAGAUGGGACCGUCGUACAUCAUGAUCCCAACGAUAUGACCAUGGUCGACGACACUACCACAACACAAACACCACAAUCACAACAACAGCAAUUGAAUAAUACUGGACGACCUCCAGACUCCGAUGACGGCUUUUCCGAUCCAAUGGCAGCCAUUGCAAUCGCAGCAGCGGCAGCAGCCGGAGAGGGCGGUGGUGGUAGUAGUAGAGACUCACUUCCACCAGUGGCACUGACCCGACGAAAAUCCAGACCAAAAUGGCCCUUUCAAUUGCCCGGCUGGACGUUUAGUCGUCUCGACACUUCCAUGCACAAAAUUCUGGAAAUCACCGCCGAGGAUUACGUCUACAAGGGAAUACGAUCCAAUCCACCCGAAAUUGUCAAACGAGGUAUUUCACGCGGCAAUCAUGUCCAACUACACCGAAAAGCAUGGCUCGAAGUCAGCGACAAAUAUCACCGAUACGGAAAAAACCUACGACUCUACUAUCGCCACUGGGAAUCGCUGGGAUACCCGACAAACAUGUUCUUUGAUUGGCUCGAUUCCAAAGGCGAAGCGGCGGGUCAACCAUUGCCGGAGCUGGAAGAGUGCCCACGAUCCAAACUAGACUCGGACUCGGUACUCUACAUUGCCAAUCCAGAAGUCACACAGGGGUAUGCACUCAGUAUCGUCACGGACGGAGUAUCCGGACGAGCGCGAUUUGUCGAUGUCGACGGUGAAAUGGUGCAAACGGGACCAGAGGGAUGGAUCUUUGUGCUGCGAGAUGGUGUCAUUUACGGUGCGGCCAAAGUCACGUCCAUCAGUGGACAUUCCAAAAAACGAUUUCAUCAUUCGUCGUUUUUUGGAGGCAAAGCCGUGGCGGCCGCUGGGAUUAUUAUUACCGAUGAGGAAGGAUUCUUGGUUCGGUUGUAUCCACACUCGGGACAUUACCGUCCUCGCGAAGCGCACAUGCAACGGUUGCUGUAUUUUCUGUAUCAUCAAGGGGUGGAUCUACGGACCUUUGAAAUGGAUAUUCAACAAAUUAUGCACGUGGCGCGAGACAAGGCAGAUAGCAAGCAAAAGAAGCCAAAGAAACCGCUACAACAGGAUGACAACAACAACGGCAAGCACAUCAACGGUGAGCCUCGUACUAGCAUCAAACCAGAAGGAGAAAAGAAAAAGAAGAUUGACUCCUUGCAACUCAUGCCAGCCGUGUCGGUUGCCUGCUACGUGGCACACAAGGCCCAUUUCAUUGGUGAAGGUGUCUUUGCGCAGAUUCAUCAACUGAAAACCGCCAAUGUGGCAAGCGUCAGCGAAGCUUUGCAACUUUUGAACCGAAAACGGAGAGUUUCCGUCACUUCUUCCACCAAAGACCAAACUCUUUUCAACGGAGAGACCAAGCCCUUGUCGAUUGAGAGGACAGAUUCUGCUUGUGAGAGGACUGGUUCAGCGUGCUCCAGGAGCUCAAAGACUUUCACUGAAGCAACUAGCUAACUAGGCACGAAACCACGUGGCUAUAAUGUUCUUUUGGUACAAUCCGGACUGUCUAGUAUUCUUUUCUUCUGGUUA